CAAGUAAAUGGAAGUUGUGACAUUAGAGACCCUCAACUCGGUCGAUAUGCUUCUGUGGUCAAUAGAUUGAAAUCCAAUUUUGUCUCAUUCCAAAUUGACAAAAUGCCGAGAGUGGACAAUCGACGAGUUGAUGAGCUAUCGAAGUUAGCUUCAUCACAGGAUAUCAGUUCUCAAAGAAUAACAUUUGUCGAAGUACUGGACGCUCCAAGCUAUACCAACCUAACAGUUGAGUAUCCAUCUAAUGCUCAAUUGAUUAGACACAAGGCAGCACAUUUCACGCUAGUUGAGGAUCAACUAUACAAGCGAGUAGCUUUAAUGCCUUUGUUACGUUGCCUCACUCCUUAUGAAGCUGAAUAUGUUGUAAGAGAAGUUCAUGAAGAAGUGUGUGGCACACACAUUAAGGGAAAAACCCUAGCUCGAAAGAUCUUAAGGCACGGAUACUAUUGGCCUACCAUGAUUCAGGAUGCACAAAAUUAUGUCAAAAAAUGCCCAACCUGCCAGUUCAACAUUGAUGACAUUCCCAUGCCAAGCGAGAGGCUAUCGUUUCUUAUAUCACCCUGGCCUUUCGCCCAAUGGGGAGUAGAUCUGCUUGAUCCUUUUACAAAAGGCAAGGAAGGUUGUACACACCUUGUGGUUGCUGUGGACUAUUUCACUAAGUGGAUAGAAACCAAACCGUUGUCCACAACGAUUGAGAAAAAAAUAGAGGAAUUUCUGUUCAAUUCCAUAUUGUGUAGGUUCGACAUUCCUAUGCGAAUAAUUACUGAUAACGGACCUCAGUUUCGAGCAAUGGCGCUCAGGUCGUUCUGUGACGACUAUAACAUUGAGCUGACUCUCAUUUCUGUAUAUAUUCCACAGUCAAACGGACAAGCAAAAUCAGCGAAUAAAAUCAUUUUAAGUGGUCUUAAGACACGUGUCCUGGCGGCACAAUCUAAUUGGGUUGACGACCUCAGGAAAGUACUAUGGUCAUGUCGCACCACACCCAACUCAGCCACUGGUGAAACUCCAUUCUACCUCGCCUAUAGAACUGAGGCCGUAAUCCCAGUAUAGAUUGGUUUGUCAUCCAACGGGUUAGUUCAAUACAAUGAUCCUGAUAAUGAACAACUGCUGAGAGAAAACCUAGGCUUUGUUGAAGAAGUUAGGGAGAUCUCUUGAAUAAAAAACAUGGCUUACU